AUGUCCAAAGCAAAAAUAGAUCUUGCUAACUUGGAUUUUAGCCAAGUCAAAGGCAACCAGUCAAUUUAUUUAACCGUUCCAGUGCCACAGGCCACUCACUGUAUGGAGGUUACUGUUGCAGGGAUUGUAAGACAGCUUGGUAAUUGGAACAUUCAAAUUCGACAGAACGAGGACGUAAAAACAUCACAAGGAGGGUUUAAUUUUAGUGUUGAAGGCCGAAAAACGAUCAAUGUUCCUGAUAUCUCCUUCACACCCAAAUCGGUUGGAGAUAUCGCAAUUAGAUCGACGUUCGAAGAGUUAGAUGACAAAUUUAAACGCGAAUACUUUGCAGAUGGAACAUCUGUACAACUCGGUUGGCUAGUUGAUCCCAAAAAUAGAAGAAUCUGGGAAUCAACAUGGAAUAUCUUUCGUCGUGAGCGUGCAUGGGAAGAUGUAUAG